AUUUCAGGGCCGCGCGUCGGCCGCGCUCAGCGGCGGAGCGGAGCGGACGGCGAGGUAUCAGCCGAGACAGGCGGUCGGCCGGGUGGCACGAGGCGGAGCGCGGGCGUCCGGGGAAGCUCGGAGGGCGACCAGCAGUGCGAGCGCUCGGCCCCGGGGCUGCGGGAGCAGGGGGAUACCGCGGCGGCAGCGGCUGCUGCUGCAGGACGAGCCCAGGGGACACCGCCCCUGCUCGAGCUUUGCUUCAGCCCAGCGCUGCUCCCCAGGGGCCUGUGCGGACUCGCCUGCGUGACGUGUCACGAUGUCUGACCGGAAGGCAGUGAUCAAGAACGCAGACAUGUCUGAGGACAUGCAACAGGAUGCCGUUGACUGUGCCACACAGGCCAUGGAGAAGUACAACAUAGAGAAGGACAUUGCUGCCUAUAUCAAGAAGGAAUUUGACAAGAAAUAUAACCCUACCUGGCAUUGUAUCGUGGGCCGGAAUUUUGGCAGCUAUGUCACACACGAGACAAAGCACUUCAUCUAUUUUUACUUGGGUCAAGUUGCAAUCCUCCUCUUCAAGUCGGGCUAGGUGGCCGAGGCGAAGGUGUCCGUGGCGGCGGCAGCGAUGGCAAGCAGGCGGCGUUGCUGGGACUGUUGCACUGGGGCCAGCAUCAGGAAGUCCUCUCCAAUGGCUGUGCUACUGCAUGGACUGUGUACUCGAUUUCAUGUGUGUGUCGCAGUAAACAAAAACCAAACUCCUUUCUGUUUAGUUGCCUGGGGAAGAAGGCUGCUUUGCGUUUGUUUUUAAGACGUUAACAUUAUUUUUUUGGUUGUACUGCACUAGGAAAUCUCUCCUACCCCUCCUUUUCUCUUCUCUCCCUAGAUAAAAAUAAAAGGCCCUCCUCGAAGCCCUAAGGACUAGGAGGGCCGAGGAAUAGAAAUAGGUCUGAGGUGGAAGUUAAGCUGCAGGUGCCUCUUGGGUGGUGGGUGCUGCUGUAGGAGGCCGGGGAGGCUGUGAGGACAGGGUUAGGAUUGGCAAGGAGAGGGGCAGGAAGGUGGGGGGGGGGGUGGUGGCUCUAGUACCGGGGAGAAUAUUCCACAGAACUGUGACUAUGGCUUGGGGCAGGGGUGGGUGUGCAGUCUCUAAGGGGCCCUAAGGUGUGUUUGUGGUGUGGGAAUGGGGAGCAGACUCGUCUUGCCGUCUGUCAGGAUUUUAAGUAAGGGCUGUGUCUUUGUGGGUCAUCUUCCCAUAUUCUUCCAGCCAGAAGUCGUGUUGGGAGGAUGCUGGGAGUAGGGUUAGCCUGACUUCCCCUUUACAUUCUGUCUGCUCCCUGCUUAGCCCUCGUUUUUUCUCAUUCCUUCGUUCUCUUAGAGCAGCCCCUAUUGUUGGCUGGCAAGGGAAUUUCUGGUGACUGUAGUUCCUUAGUUAGGUCUUAGCAAUCAAACCAAAUCAAUGCCCGUCAGUUCUUCUUUGUGUACGUUUGUGUUUGUCUGUGUGCGUGUGUGGGGGUGGGUUUGGGGUAGAAGGGUGGGAAGGGGCAGGAUAAGUGGAAUCUCUAGGGUGUAUGGGAAGUAGAGGGCAGUUAGUUCUAAGUGGGCUUUUAUGUUCCCUGUUGUGAGGGUGAGAACAGGUUGGUAUCAAACCAUCCCCCUCCCCUUAGUUCAUCUUGCUUGGACACUGCUUUGCCUUGUGGCUGUCUGUUCCCUGGGAAAGGUUUUGGAAGGUCACCCAGAACAGGAUGGCCAUACUAACAUCUUUCCUGGAGUUGGAUCUGGGACCAGGUGACUGGUCUCUAGUGGGAAGUGAGAAUGGAAGUGAUGGGGUGGAGGGCUCCUUGGAACAGGUCUGAAGUAUAGCAAUGACCUCUGGGAGGCAGGAGGUGGAGAAUGGAAGUGGGGUGGAGGGCUCCUGGAACAGGUCUGAAGUAUAGCAAUGACCUCUGGGAGGCAGGAGGUGGAGAAGGCUGACUGGGAGGAGAUUCCAGAGAAGAGUGCAAGGGAAACCUUGUCUGUCGGUGACAUGAUUGGGGUGGGUGGGGGUUGUCAUUGCCAAUUGAGCUGCUGAUUCUUAUGAAUCACAUUCAGAACUCGCAUAGGGUUGACACUGUAAGGGGUGGGGAAAUCUAGCUAUUUUUUUUUCCCCAGCCCAUUCUUGGGGGUCGGGGGGAGGCAGGAGAAUGCCCCUUCCUCCUAAGCCCUUCCUGUGUGUUGAGCUUUUGUUUUUCUUCAGUGCUGGCAGGGGAGGGUGGGAACUGGUGGGGACUGAGUUCCCUGUUCAAACCGUUAUUGGGUACAGGAUUGAAUGUUUGAUUUUAGGUUUUAUUUUUCUUAUGAAUGUCCAGAUCUGUGUUUCCCUGCCCUCCCAGACUCUGGCCAGUUGGAAGUGUCUCGUUUUUGUUCAUCUCUCAUUUCUGGUGCAGUGACUGAGACCCUGCCACAUCUAUGCUCUGCAUCCACGCCUCUUUUGGACAUUAAAGGUCGAUUGAUGCACUUCUGA